AUGGAGCCGGCCAAGAUGGCGUCUCCCAAGAGCGCGCCGAAAGACGCGCAGGUGAUGGCGCAGAUCCUGAAGGACAUGGGCAUCACCGAGUAUGAGCCGCGUGUCAUCAAUCAGAUGCUGGAGUUCGCCUACAGGUAUGUGACCACUAUUCUGGAGGAUGCCAAAAUUUACUCCAGCCACGCAAAGAAAUCCAGUGUCGAUGCCGACGACGUCAGGCUGGCCAUCCAGUGCCGGACAGACCAGUCCUUCACAUCUCCACCUCCCAGGGAUUUCUUGCUAGAUAUUGCAAGGCAGAAAAACCAGACGCCGCUGCCACUCAUAAAGCCUUACUCUGGACCCAGGCUUCCUCCUGACAGAUACUGCUUGACAGCUCCCAACUACAGGCUCAAGUCCUUGCAGAAGAAGGUAGGGGAUGGCACACCCAACAGCAACGCUGCUUUGCCCCGCCUGAGCGUUGGUGCUGUGAGCAGCAGGCCCAGCACUCCCACCCUAGGGACCCCUUCAGCACAGACAGUGGCUGUCUCCACCAAGGUGGGCACCCCGGUGUCGCUGACGGGUCAGAGGUUCACCGUGCAGAUCCCCUCCUCGCAGGCAGCCGUCAAGGCAGCUACACCAACUACUCCAACAGUUCAGAAUGUUCUCAUCAACCCUUCGUUAAUCGGCCCCAAGAACAUCCUCAUCACUACCAACAUGGUGUCGUCACAGAACACAGCCAGUGAGCCCAACCCCUUGAAGAGGAAGCAUGAUGAUGAUGAUGACUAUGACACCUUGUGAAGAGACUGCCCCAUCCCCUCCUGCUCUCCAGUGGUUCACACUGAGUCCCAUGGGGGUUUUGCCAAGAGUAACCAGCGUGAGAGUGUGGCCAUAUUCUGUUCUUACUUGGGCAGGUGUGGAGUGAGAGAGAGCACAGCUGGUGGAGAGACGAAACAGUGACUGAGCUUUCCCUGUGGCCUGUAAUGUCCUUAGAACCUCAGUGGCUUGGGGCCAGCCUGGGUCAAGUCUAUCCUGGGCCUUGGGGCAUGGUGUGGAAAGAAACCAGCUGUGCCAUCUCCCUGCCCAAGUGUGGACAGUGCCUUUCUGGUGUCUCCAGUACAGCCAAACUGGAGGAGCUGGGCAGUAGGAGGGGUUGAGCCCAAGGCAAUGUUUCCAAUAAA